AUGGCUCGUGCCUUUGGCAUCAGCAGGGUGCAGUCCACUGGACACGGCCGCCCUCCAUUCUGGCAAAAGACCCCCGUUCGAUAUCGACAGACCUACGUCCGCCGAACUAUGUCUUGCAACCUGUUUCUGUGGGAGCUCACCGACGGCACUCACCUCUCCGCACGCAACGACUUCGGUCCUCUGUUUAAGUCUGGCGUACGCCAGAUACGUAUCCGCAAGCUCAAUUCUGAUCUGAAUUCGUACACAACGUGGCAGCGAGCGGACUCACUGCGGUUGUGCUGCGAGGCUCUCCAGGGCAAGGUCUUCACGGACGCGGCGACGUGGCAGGAGGUGUGCGGCUUCCUCAUGAAGGCCAUCCCGGACCAGGAUAUACGCCUUUCAGACACGGUAUUGCGUGUGGUCACCCUGGGUGUUAUCGAGGUCCUGUACGAUAACGCAGGACAGAGCACGUCGAAGCCGAGUCCAUCGUAG